CCCUCGCUCAAAGCAAAGGUUUAGUUUAAAUUCAGGAUGUCUGAUUGUCCUGUCAAAACCUAUUUUUCCUAUUUCCUGGACUCUUGUGUAAAAUGCCCUUCUUCGAUUCAAAGUUGCGAAGGCCUUGGGCUUAGUGAUUCGCAAUCAUGUAAGCAAUCUUGUACAGCCAGUCCUAAUAUAAGUCAAGAGAAUAGUGUUUCUUUUUCAACUGGUGUAGUGAUUGGAAUGGUGGCUGGGAUAAUGGCAUUUCUAGUUUUGGUGGUAGUGUUAGGGUUAUAUUUUAAAUACCGCCAACGAAGUGAACAAACAGAAAACGAGGAUACCGGAGACAAUCGCGGAGUCGUAGGUCAUGGACAAAAUGAUCAGAUGAUAGAACUCAUAGUUUUAGAUGCUGCUCCAGGAAAUAUAGCUUUUCAAGAUAACGCGGAAUUGCCGGGGGAGAUCACAGUGCAUCACGGAGUAAAUAUAAAUGAAACGCAGUCGAGAAUAGACACUGGCAUUCCAAAAUCAGUCGAUAAACAAUAUAGAGCAGCCGAGUUAUAACUGUAGUCAAAACUAUAACUGUGUCUGUGGUCGAACUGGAGUGAAAUAGUUUGACUUCAAGAUUGUAUUCCUCUUCAACAGUAUCGUAGGCUCUUAGCGUAAUGUAAAGCGUCCUUCUUUGUUCCCUCAGACUAAUUGCUGAACUUUUAGACUUUAGAAAGUUUAGAAACAAUGAAAUACGCCACGCUUCCCUGCGAAAGAAGUGGACAGCAAAACCCAUAAACAAUGAGAGCACUGGAAGGGAUAAUUAACGGUGUGAAGGGUGGUCGUUUUUUUCUUUAUACAAAAAUAUGCCAUAAACCGUACACCUAUGGCUAUGCUAAUCCACUUAGUUAACCUAAUGCAAUCCCCGUGCAGUGGGAACUUAUAGCACAAGGUACGAGGUAUGGUACUACAACCAUAACUAAACUUUCGAAAUUUGUUCGUGGGUCAUUCUUGUUUCAAACGAGGGCCAUAUCUUGAAACUAGAUCUGAGUUCUGAUUAGAUCACGCUAUAAUAAUUUGUAACAUUUGUUUGACUUUCGAAUAAUCCUACGUCCUUACCUUACGUUGAUUAGGUUAAUACAUAUCAGUCUAUAUGUAUCAUAGUAUGUAAUUUGUAAAUAGCAACUCAAAAUACAAUGUUAAUAAAUCUAAUACUCACUCUAAGCUUUUCUUCCCAAAAGCGAUCACUGUAUCAGCAUGGAUAGUUAAAAGACUAGUGAUUUUAUUAUCCAUGGUAUCAGCAGACUCGGAGGGUCAAAAAUUUAGAUAAGUAACUACCAUCACUACCUUUUGCACGAUCAAAAAUGAAACAUACUAUUGACAGUUGUAAAACG